AUGCUUGUCCGCGUGCGCUCCAAGAACGGCACGUGGCGCGUGGGGGACCUAACGCCGUCGUCCACUAUCGCAGACAUCAAGCGCUGGAUCUUCGAGCAGCACUCGAUCGCCCCGGCGCAGCAGCAGCUGGCGCUGGACCAGCAGGGCGCGCAAACAACCUCCGAUACACAGACUCUGCGAGAGCUGCGCGUGGGCCAUGGCGACAUGCUGUUCCUGGACUACGACGGUGAGACGUUAGGCACGGGCGGCGUGGUCGGCACCAAGAUCAAUGCGGACGGCACGCUCACGCGCGUGGCGUACCACGACCGCGCCGACAAGCAGGCGUUCCGACCGGGCAUGAAGUCUCUGCGGGACAUGAAGAUGUACUGGACGCUGGGCGAGUUCAUGCGCAUGGACGCCCAGUUCGAAUUCAAGGUCAGCGCGCAGAAGGGGCCGCAGGUGGCCAAGGUGCAUCUGGACGGCGCGAGCUGCAACGACUUCCAGGCGUAUCUGCGCCAGUUCGCCUUCCAGCAGUCGCGCUGUGGCUGGCUCUACGGCUCUGUGGAUGCGGAGACCAAGGAGGUGACGGUGGACUUUAUCUACGAGCCGCCGCAGGAGGGCAACCCCUACGGCUUCGAAGUGCUGGACGACCCAAAUGCCGACAAGGUGGACGCCGUGGCGGAGGCACUCGGCUACGAGAAGGUGGGCUGGGUGUUCUCGCACCCUCCACGCGAGGACGACGACUUUCACUUCUCAGCGCGCGAGGUGCUGCUGGCGGCGCAGCUGCAGGCCGACGCAGGCGGCAAGGGCUCGCUGUUCCUCACGCUGAAGGUGACGCUGGACAAGGAAGGCCAGGCUUCGUUCGAGGCCUUCCAGGUCAGCGACCAGUGCGUGGAGAUGUUCGCGGCGGGCGCGCUAGCGGAGAACGAGCAGAACCCCCAGGCUUGCGCCGUGAGCGACACGUUCACGGCGCUCGUGGAGGCCAAGCCCGCGACCGAGGUCGACAACAACUUCUUCCUGUGCGUGGUACCGGUGGUACCGCAUGAGUCGCCGCUGCGCAGCGAGUUCCCCAAGCUGAACCGCGAGGGGUCGUACCGCAGUCGCGCGGCGCUCAAGGCCCAUCUACAGAAGUACCGCGACGAGCCGUACGCGAAGCGCAUCAGCGACUUCCAGCUGCUGGUCUUCCUGUCAGACUUCCUGGACCUGCGGACGGACAUCCCGGCCAUCUGCCAGGCCGUGCGCGACCCGAACAUCCCGCUGGACUCGGGCUACCCGAUUCUGAUCGACUCGGUCGCCGGCAGUCAGUGAGCCGAGCCGAGCGGCGGCGAUGGAUAGGCGAGCCGCAGUGAGGCAGCAGCGGGCACUAGCGAAAUUGUAAGAGACUCCUAAUCAAAACGGAAAGAUGAGCGAUCGUGUCACCGCAGGCAACAGACAGCACCAGCGUUUGCUUGAAGCAGUUGGCCGCGCAUAUAAUUUGCCAUCGCCCCGCUCCAUACCGCUGGUGGGGUCCAUGGGUUCGGAGACCGUCGAGGCGCGUCAUUGUCAAGUUGUGUUCCGAAUUUCUGCGCAUUGGUGGAAAAGAUGCGUGCAAAUGCUGCGAUUGGUUCGUGAUUCGCCGCGGUGAAUGGCAGCCAGCGGUGUGUUCUCAUUCGGGCAUUUGCCGUCGACGACGCACGCGACUGCUCUAUCUUUCUUUGUUCUGCAACGCACCGCAAUGGUGAACGCCAGCAUCUUCGAGGUGGUCGUGAUGUGCGCGGCGCUGGUGGCGGCCAUGGCGGCCACGUGCGCGCGCUCGGAGCAGCGCAAGCGCCAGAAGUUCGCGCUGCAGCAGCCGCUCGUGACCACCAAGAGCGAGCUGGAGCUGGUCAAGGACAUCGUGUACAUCAACAACUCGACGCAGCCCGGCGGCAGCUUCCGGCUCGAGCGUUCCAGUCACCUGCUGAACGA